UUGUUUUGGCUUCGCAGUGUUUGCGAAGUGAUCUGACGUCUGACAGCGUUGGUUGUUGGUUAUUCUUUUAUCGUUGAGUGGAUAAUAAUGUCAGGGGGAACUCGACUAGAAAACGCCAAUCCUCUGAUAUUUCAGCGAUCAGGGGAAAGACUCCUAACUGCCACUGAUGAAGAUGAUGAUGUAGCGGACCCCAUCGAUGACAGAGAAAUCUUCGAUCUAAUCAGAUCGAUCAACGAUCCUGAGCACCCACUGUCCCUCGAAGAACUGAAUGUCGUGGAACAAAUGCGCGUCAAUGUGAAUGAUGAGGAGAGCACAGUGUCUGUGGAGUUCACACCGACUAUCCCACACUGCAGUAUGGCCACUCUCAUUGGCCUGUCUAUCAAAGUCAAGCUUCUGCGCUCCCUGCCUGACAGGUUUAAGAUUGACGUUCACAUCACACCUGGCACACAUGCCUCAGAGGAUGCAGUCAAUAAGCAGCUCGCUGACAAAGAGAGAGUGGCAGCAGCUCUGGAGAACUCUCAGCUUCUGGAGGUGGUCAACCAGUGUCUGUACACCAGAAGCAUGUGAUCAGAAGAAGCCUGCCGCUCUAGUGUGCUCCUUUGACACGUUAUCUUGAUUGAACUCCUAAAGGCAAGCCAGAGUUGUGUGAUGAUGAUAAUAAUAAUGUGAGCGCCUUUAUCAUUAUUGUUAUUGUUUUGCUUCUUUUAUAAUUCUAUUGCUACACUCACAGUACCAGAUCAGGAAGACUGAUUAGUACUUAUAAAGUGAGAGGUGAGCUAAAAAGGUGUCAGGAAAGGAAACCACAGUAAUAGAGAACGUAUGGGAGAAACAGAAUUCAUUUUUAUGUUACGUGGAUACAGAACGAAAAGUUAUUUUGUAACUAUGUCAUAUAUUUGUGAAUAUGUACAAAAUUACUUUUAAUAGUAGUCUCAUUUUGACAUAGCAUCCUUUUAGAGUUGUUUUCAAAGACAUUUCUUAUUGAUCAAAAUGGAGCAUGUGUACAGCAGAAAUAGUUUGGACUGCUUUGUUUUGUACCUCUUGUUUUUGCCAAUAAAAAAUUGAAAAUUAA